UAAAGCGGGUACCAUCCUGAAUGGUUUAGAGAUGGCAUAGGAACAAAAUGAAAUGUACAGUUUCCAGCUGCAUGGAAACCAAUGAACUAUUGCUAUAUAUAGUUAUAUACCCUAAGUCACCUCCUUGUUUCUUGUCCGUUUGUUUUCUUUUUGAAUGCCUGAGUUUAACUUUUGAUGGCAUCGCCCUGAUCAAUCAAAAGCCACACAAAGGCACUACAAAAACUGAUUUACUUCUUUUAAUGCAAAUGCAAAAAAGCCCACCAUUCCAAAAGCUAUCUUCAAAGGUGGUAUAGCUUUCUAAGACAAGGGACUAGUCAAAAAAAUGGAAACCCUUUUAGGCAUUGUAUACAGCUCAUAUAUAGCUCUUCUACCUAUGCAUCUUAACCUUGCACUAUUCUUGCUUACUACCUAACCAAUGUUUCCGUAUGCUAAGAGAACAAUUAUUCUUUGAUAAUAGUUUUUUUUUUUUUUUUGAAUUAUAGGUAGAAUCAAUUCAAACGGGUUAAUUUGGUUUCAGCUUUUCAAAAAUUUAUCUGUGUGAGUAGUCUCAUUCCAUCAUAUUGUUUCUUGUGUGCCUUAUAUAAGCAGAUUUUAUACUAUAUUCUGUUGCAAUUAAUGCGGAUUUUGGAUGUUUCUUCUGGUUAUUUUGUUUUAUCGGGUUAAGAUUUUGUCAAUAUCUGAUGGUAGUAUUUGCUGCAUUUAAUGCAGUUUCAGUGAAUUUUCUAUUUUCUUUUAGUCUAAAGCCACUUGGGAGGUACCAUUUUCAUUACCAUGCCUGAAGUGAAUUGGCGGGGUUAUCAUCUGAAGCAGUUCGAAUUCAUGGAAGCAAGACACAAGCGCACCAACAGUGAUCCACUUCAGAAGAAAGUCAAGAAGAACAAGUUAAACACUAUCUUUGAAGCUUCUAAUUGCCCUAACGAAACGGGACAAAUAAUGGGCAAUGUCGAAGCAAAGAAGAGUCAAACUGAAGUUCAAAACUUGUUAAAGCAAGAGAUUCUACACCUUCAAGAACGAUUGCAGGAUCAAUUAGUGGUUCGGCGUGCAUUGGAGAAGGCAUUAAGUCAUAGGCCUUUUACCUAUGAUGUAGCAGUUGAAAAUUUAAUCCCCAAGGCUGCUAAGGAACUAAUCAAGGAUAUUGCAGUUUUAGAACUGGAAGUUGCCUACUUGGAGAAGUAUCUUCUCUCAUUGUACCGUAAAAAUUAUGAUAAAAGGUUCUUGUCUUUAAAGAACAUAGAUGAAAUUUUGAAAUCAACUUCAGUGGUACAUAAAGAAAUGUUUCCAGAGGUUCAGGCACAUGGCAUCAUUGGGGAGAAAGAAAAUCUAGCUAUUCAAUCUAGUGAUCUGGUGUCCUCUCGAAAUUCAAUUGGAAAUCCUCCAAAGGAAUGCAAUGAUGUUUGGGGUACAGAGAAACUGUUAGAUUCUAGCAUUCAUCGGAGCCAUUCUUCGCUCUCUCAGCGAUCGGCAUAUUCAGUUACUUCUCCGCAAAAAGCUGUAGCCAAAGCUGUAGAUUUAUACCAUUCUCUGCCUUUGUCCAUGUUGGAGCAAUCUCAGAUGGAUACUUCAAAUGGAUUCAGCUUGGCAGAGCAUUUACGGACCAGCAUUAACGAUCAUGUUACCGAAACACCAAACUGGCUUUCUGAGAAGAUGAUAAGGACCAUUUCAGCCAUAUAUUGUGAACUUGCAGACCCUCCUUUGAUUAACCAUGAUUACUCGUCUUCUCCUAUUUCAUAUUCAUCAUCAGUUGACGUUCUUUUUUCACAAGGUCAGGGUGAUAUGUGGAGCCCUCAGUGUGGGAAAUUUUCAUCCCUCAACUCACACUUUGAUAACCCUUUUAACAUUGCGGAAAAUAAGGAAUUCAGUGGACCUUACUGCAAAAUGGUGAAGGUUCAAUGGAUUUGUAGAGAUAGUAAGAAGUUACAGGAUAUUGACCAUAAGCUGCAAUAUUACAGGUCACUGGUUUACCAGCUGGAAGAAGUUGAUGUUAGAAGGAUGAAAUGCGAGGAGAAGCUAGCCUUCUGGAUUAAUGUACACAAUUCUCUGGUGAUGCAUGCAUUUUUGGUUUAUGGCAUUCCGAAAAACAAUCUGAAGAGGCUGUCCUUGUUACUCAAGGCUGCUUAUAAUGUGGGGGGCCAGACCAUAAGCAUCGACACAAUACAGAGUUCUAUUCUGGGAUGUCGUUUGCCUCGUCCAGGACAGUGGCUACGGUUUUUGUUUCCUUCAAAGACCAAAUUUAAGGUUGGAGAUCCUCGAAGAGCUUAUGCAGUUGUGUCCCCAGAACCUCUUCUGCAUUUUGCACUUUGUUCAGGAAGUUAUUCAGACCCUGCGGUCCGUAUAUACACACCCAAGAAAGUGUUCCAGGAACUGGAAGUUGCAAAAGAAGAGUACUUCCAGGCAAAUUUGCGUGUCAACAAAGAACAGAAAAUUCUGUUACCAAAGGUUGUGGAGUAUUUUGCAAAAGAUUCAGAUGUUUGCUCAGCUGGAUUAUUGCGGAUGAUUGAGCAAUUUAUGCCUGAUUCAGUGAGGAAGAAUCUUCAUCGGUCUUGCAACAGGAAAAAUGGGAAAAACAUUGAGUGGAUCUCUCACAACUUUGCAUUCCGAUAUCUAUUUUCAAAAGAAUUAGCUUUGUUGAUCUGAUAGCUGUAGAAGGUGGGAUUGAAUAUGGAAAGGGAGGGAUUGUAUGAGUAGGCUUUGCAGGUUUCGAAUGACAGAUGAAUCAUAGCUGCAACCUUUUUACAAAGCCUGUGGCUUCAAUCUUCAGGUCCAGGUAGAUUUAUGCACUCAAAUUGAAGUUUCUUUAGAAGAAUGAGGAUCAAACGAGCUGAAGAAACAAUUAUGCUAUGGUUUCAAACCUUACUCUUGAUCCUGUUUGAUCACUAAUUUCUCCAUUGACAAGGUCGUGAUUUGGCUGUCGUUCCUAAUUGUCUUUUGAGUUUUUCCGUGUAACUAAAUGAGA